AUGAGGUUCCACAGUUUGGCAAUUUUGGCUGGUCUUUUGGCCCCAUCAGCGGCCUUCACGACAACACAGGUCUUCACGUCCCAAGUUCGAUCAAUUCCAUCAUCUCUUCAAUCCACCGUAGAAUCUCCCACCUUCACUUCUGACGGUGCAAAGCAACAAGUUGGAAAUAAUGCCUUUCUCAACAAAGAUCUCAUGUCCAGGGCACAAAAUGGUCCUGGAAUCAAAAAUGAGGAGUCUCUGAAGAUUGGAAUUGUGGGUGCAGGUCUAGCUGGAAUGGUUGCCGCCAUGGACCUUGCCGAUGCCGGGCAUGAUGUAGAAAUGUUCGAAGUUCGUCCUUUUGUGGGUGGCAAAGUCAGUUCCUGGAAAGAUAAGGAAGGAAAUCAUAUCGAAAUGGGUCUUCAUGUGUUCUUCGGAUGCUACUACAAUCUCUUUGGAAUCAUGAAGCGAACUGGGGGAUUCGAUGAAAACCUUCGCAUCAAAGAGCAUGUCCAUACAUUCGUAAAUGAAGGAGGAAAACUAGGAGCCCUGGAUUUCCGUUUUCCCGUGGGGGCCCCUGUGAGCGGUCUCCAGGCUUUUGCCAGGACAGAACAACUGGAUGUUGGCGACAAGUUCCACAAUGCCGUGCGGUUGGGAACAUCCCCCAUUGUACGUGCACUGGUGGAUUUCGAUGGUGGUAUGGACAUGGUUCGUGAUCUCGAUGAUAUUAGCUUCACGGAAUGGUUCACCCAGUUGGGCGGAAGUCGAGGCAGCCUCGAUCGCAUGUGGGAUGCCAUUGCCUACGCUCUGGGAUUCUUGGAUUCUGACAGCAUCAGUGCAAGAGCCAUGCUUACAAUUUUUAUGUUGUUUGCGAUUCGCACUGAAGCCAGUGUGCUGCGUAUGUUGGAAGGAAGCCCCCAAACUGGACUUCAUGACCCCAUUAUCAAGUACCUAGAAGACCGAAACGUCAAGAUCAACUUGAGCACUCCUUGCCGAGAUAUCGUCCACGAUUUGGACGAAGAUGGAAAGCCAACUCGUGUCAAGGGCAUCAAGAUUGGAGCCAACGAGGAGUACAAAGAAUUCGAUGUCGUUAUUGCAGCAUGUGAUGUUCCUGGAAUCAAAAAGGUUCUACCCGAAAGUUUCCGAAAAGUGGAUUUCUUUGAUAAGAUCUACAAGCUCGAUACGGUUCCAAUUGCCACUGUUCAGGUCCGAUUCGAUGGAUGGGUAACCGAAAUGCAAGACGAAGCUAGGAUGAUGGACAUAUCUGGGGAUCAAAGUGACGGACGUGGCGCUGGUAUCGACAAUCUCUUGUAUAGCGUGGACACGGAGUUUUCUUGCUUUGCCGAUCUUGCGCUCACCAGCCCCGGUGAUUACUACAAAGAAGGGGAGGGAAGUCUUAUCCAAGCUGUCUUUGACGAACGAGCCUUUAAACGUUCCAAUGAGCAGCUUGUGGAAGACUGCAUCAAGCAAUUGAACAACAUCUUCCCAUCAUCUCGAAAGCUCAAGUGCACUUGGUCUUCGGUGGUGAAACUGGGCCAGUCCCUCUAUCGCGAAAAACCUGGACAGGACAGAUUCCGCCCCACUCAAGCUACACCUAUCCCCAACUUCUUCCUUGCGGGUUCUUAUACUUUCCAAGAUUACCUCGACUCGAUGGAAGGAGCAACACGGUCGGGACUGAUGGUCGCCGAUGAAGUCAUCUCUCGAGCCGACGGACCCAAUGGGCUGAAGCAACAAGCAGGGAAGAAUCGUGAAACUGCUGCAAAGCCCUUCUUUGUAGCCUAA